AUAUAUAUAUAUAUAUAUAUACACACAUAUAUAUCCAUGGAGAAGAUUGAAAGAGAAGCUCUUGAUUUCAUGAAUGUAGAGUCCUCCUCUCAACUUCCUAUUACCCUACCCGUUAACGAAAAGCCUAUUAGGCUUUUUGGUAAAGAAUUUGGUGGUGGUGAUAGUAUUAAUAUGACCGCCACCAAUAUGUCUGAAUUUAUUGAAAAUAAUCCUUUUUAUGACAAACCAAAUAUUGUUAAAGAAAAUCAUAUCAAGAAGAAUGUUGAAAUCAUGAGGAAAUAUGAAUGUCACUAUUGUUUUAGAAGCUUUCCAACUUCUCAAGCUUUAGGAGGCCAUCAAAAUGCACACAAGAAAGAAAGAAAAAAUGCCAAACGACAUGAUCAACCGAGCAUUUACGGGAUAACGAACCGUAAUCGCCUUGGUGAAGCAACUGUAUCUACAAGAACUCAUUAUCAUUCAACAUGGACCAACAUUAACAAUAAUACUCCUAGGUUUGAUGGAAAUGGCCAUAAUGUUAAUGUUAUUAGUCCUAUAAAUGGAAAUCCAUUGACAUUUUGGCAGAUUCCUCCAGCAUUUAAUCAAUAUAUUUCUUCUUCUUCUGAUAAUAAUAAUAAUUUAGUUUUUUCUAAUGAUGAUUUGAUUAGGAAUCCUCCAAUGGUUAAUAUUAGCAAUAAUUGUGAGUAUAAACCAAAGGGAGAAGUUCAAGAUCAUGUGAGUUUAGAUUUGCACUUGUAACUACUCCAAUUCGAGUUGCGACUCUACAAAUUGUGUUCAACUCAAAUUAGGAUUCCCGGAGGCUACUCAACCCUAAACCCUAGUUUAUGCCUAAAGGUGCUAAAUUCUCUCAAAAAGCAUCUCGGAAAUUCCAUAAAGAGAUCAAUAUCUCUAAAUAUCCCACAAAAGUCAUGAAAUAUUCAUAUAGAUGUCAAAUCUAAAUCAUCCUUGUUCGAGAAAUACACUACUAAUGGCCCUCGGAUCAUGGAUAAAUCUACAUAAUUGUA